AUGUUAAAUUUCAGAUCAGAUACAGGAGUAUCCAAAUUGACAGCUACUGAGGAGCAGAAAGUUGUGGAGAAGCCGAAUGGAAAGAAGAUUCAAUUCGCAGAUAAAAUGGUGAAAUCAACAAUUACUCCUGGAGCAAAAAACCGAAGCGAGGACGUGGAAAAGGACGAAGAGGGAGAAGAAGGCGUGUCCAGAGACGCACAAGAAGAUGAAGGCACCGGCGAUUGCUGGAGUGAAAACGAGAGCAGCCGCCUUUCCACGAACUUCUUGCUGCAUAUCAGCAGUGAGAGCCUUCUGAAGCUCUUCACGACCAUCAACGUUGAGUGCAAUGUUGUAGGAAGAGACGGCGACUGUUCCUCCAAGGAAAAUGAAGUAGAUGAGUUUGGCAAGGAUGUUGCUGUCUUCGAGGGAACCGAAGAGCACCAUCAAAAGCUGGAAAAGGAACUCAUUUGGUUCUGA